CCCAUAACAGCAAGGGAGAAGCAGGCAAUAUUGUUUAACAACCCCAUACCAUUCACGGUUCCCACCCAUAUCCAUAAACCCAGGGGUAAAAUAGUCCGGACAGCCCACACAAUGAACAUCUUUGGGCGCACUCUUUCAACUUCUAUAUAUAUAUAUAUAUAGGUGAACAAAAGAGGGAAGGGGCCAUCAAACGUGUGGAGAAAUUGUGUGUAGAAAAUAGAAACGAAAUUUUUCAUCAUACUCCUUUUUUCUCACCAUGUGCUAUUGGGCUUACUCUCCUGCUCUCCAUUCAUCCUGAAGUUUUCAGUCGAAGAACCGGCGUUGAAUGCUCGCUGCAGGAAUGUUUGCACACCAUUCUUGUCAGUACAUUUGCCCCCAUAUUUGCUGAUCAAACAAAAUUAAUUAUAGAAGAGGCUCUCUGGCAUUAAUGCAGUUUCAGAUGACUAUAUCUAGCGACAACAUUGAGGGAGAGAACACCCGUUUGGCCAGGAUAGAGUGUCUACAGGACAGCUUGAGGCGAAUGCAAAUUGAGGAUCCAGCUUUCUUUUAUGUUAUUCAAGGUGAUGAUGAUAACUCCUAUGCAAAUGUAUUUUGGGCUGAUGCAACCUCACAGGAAAACUACAACUGUUUUGGGGAUACUGUUAGGUUUAACACUUAUUGCGGGUCCCAAGGCUAUGGAGUCCCUCUUGCUGCUUUCACUGGUCUUAACCAUCAUGGUCAGCCUAUUCUAUUUGGCUGUGCUUUGCUGUUCAAUAAGUCUGAAUCCUCAUAUGUGUGGCUUUUUCAAACUUGGCUCCAUGCUAUUUUGGGACGUUAUCCUGUCUCCAUCACCACUAAUUGUGAUAGUUUCAUAAAGGUUGCAAUAGCACGUGUUCUUCCCAAGGUACGACAUCGUUUUUUUGGUUGGAGUGUCUUCAAGGACAUGGAAGAGAAAUUGGCUUGUGUCAAUCGAAUUCAUCCUGCAUUUGAGAGUGAGUUGAAGAAAUGUGUAUAUGAGGCUGAGACAGUUGGAGAUUUUGACUCAAGUUGGCAUUCGCUGUUAGAGAGAUAUCAUCUCAUGGAUAAUGGAUGGCUUCAGUCACUUUAUAAUGAACGCCAUCAAUGGGUGCCUAUUUACAUGCGGGAUACUUUCUUUGGGGAGUUCUCCUCUGCUGAGGCUAUUGAUUCCAUGGACUGUUUUUUUGAAGGAUUUUUGAAUGCUUCGUCUACAAUUCAAAUGUUGAUUAGUCAAUGUGACAAAGCUGCUGGUAGCUGGCAUGAAAGAGAAUUAAGGGCGGAUAUGGAUACUGCCAAUAUCAUCCCCGUACUGAAGACACGAUCGCCAAUGGAGAAACAAGCAGCUAAUCUCUAUACAAGGGAAAUAUUCAUGAAAUUUCAAGGGGAAUUGGUUGAAACCCUUGCUUAUCAUGCCAAUAAAAUCGACGACUCAGGUUCAAUCACGAAAUAUCAUGUGGCCAAAUUUGGUGAAGAGCACAAAGUUUAUGUUGUUAACUUCAAUACAUUUGAGAUGACAGCUAACUGUAGCUGUCAGAAGUUUGAAUUUUCCGGGAUUAUUUGUAGGCAUAUAUUGUCGGUUUUUAGGGCAAAAAAUGUCUUCACACUUCCUUCGUUAUAUAUUUUAAGACGGUGGACAAGAGAUGCCCGAAUCAAUUAUGGUGGUGUUGGAGAUGACUGCUCUCCCAAUUUUUCAAGUGACUCUCGUGAGUCAAGAACUGCUCGCUACAAUAAUCUUCGUGCAAAGGCUAUCACAUUUGUUGAAGAAGGGGCAAAAUCAAUACAUGCUUAUUAUGUGGCAAGGAAUGCUUUAGCGGAGGCUGCAAAGAAAGUUGCUGUGGCAAAGAGGAAAGGCGUUAGAGCCCCUCAAGGAAAUAGUCAAGCUAAUGGAAGUAAUGCAAAUCUAUCCUUGGACCAAAAGGAGAGGAGAAUCAGUGAACUGACGGCUGAGUUGCAGCGCACUAAUCAGCGAUGUGAGGCUUACCGUGGAAAUCUUCUUGCUUUGUUGAGAGACAUGGAAGACCAAAAGUUGAAGCUAUCAGUAAAAGUACAAAAUGCACGACUUAGCUUAAAGGAGUAGGUAACCACUUUUAUUUACUCUAGAUAACAGGAGAACAGUGUAGAAGUCCCCAACAUAAGCUUCUUCAUCUUUUAUUGAAAGUUUGCUUGUGAAUUCACCAAAAAAAAAAAAAAAGAGGUUUGCUUGUGAGCAAUUUUUCUGUCUAGUGCUUACAAGAUUUUUUUCUUUUCAGUUUAUGAAAUUGACUCAGUUAAAAAUCAAAAUGAGCAACUUAAUUUAGUCUUUUUAGUAAGGUGCUGAAGUUUGACAUGACAGCUUUAAAAUGAUGAAAAAUGCAUGGGAAGUAGCUGUGAAUUAGGAUCACAGACAUUGAGCUUCUUAGUCUUUGAAAAAUGCUGUCUCUAAGGGCAUACUGUGUCAUAUAUCUCGUCAGUAGAUCAUAUUCUCGACUCUGACCUUUAGCCAAAAAGCUUCUUCAGAAAUGAUCGUAUAUGCAUGCUGAUGGUUCUGUCCUUUUGGGUGGGACCGUGGGAAGGGUGAUGUGAUGGUUGAGAAAGAAGAAGAGGGUUCUGCAGUGAUGGCUAUUCUUUUCGUUCCUUGAUGGUCUCGAGGCGGAAACAUGAUUGGUGGAAUUGAAUCGAAGCUCUAACUAUUUGGAUCUCUUGUUUUCACGAUGGUUGUUAGCUCCUAAAUUUUUAAUUGUUUGGCACGACUUGCUUGACAGCCUCAAAUUACCUUUCUCAGUAAUACUGCACAUAAAUGGUGUCAGUGUUACUUUCUAGUAGUACUGACUUUUGUACUAAAGAAUAAUGCACUUAGAACAGCGGUUCUGAUACUGGAAAUUGUACAGCUAGCACUAAUGCAACGGGGAUACUCUCUACAUCUCUGAAGAGUUCUGAAUUUUUUUGGAAAAGAGUUUAACGUAAUUUAGGGAUUUUGGUUAACAAAAUGGACAGCCAAAAUGGACAUGGAGCCCUAUACUUCUGCUCUAGUUACAAAAUUACUUAUGUUGUUGAGCUGGACGGAAGAAUCCACGGACUAUGGUAUAUAAUGCACCCAAUUGUCAUGGAAAAUGGGCAAAUAUAACGAGAAUGCGGUUAGGCUAUUGUAGGAUUUAUGCAAAGCAUAUGAUAUAUAAUGUAUUCGAGUCCUGUUUGGCAAUUGAUACCUUAGUUGUAGAUACAAAACGUUUCAUUCUUAAUACACAAAAACAGUCUCUCAUAUGCUAAUGCCAUUUUUCGUGCAGUAAACAUUGUAGAUGCAUAUUCCUGGCAAGCUUUUCCUCUUUGUGCUAAUCUUUUUGAGCCCUCUGCCACCACCAGCUCCAGUGCCUCCAACAAUGAUUCUGUGUUAGGUGCAAACAUGAACCCGAAUUCGUCGUUUACAACAAUUGUGCCCUUGAUGCUAGGAAACCUUGACGCCAUCACUGGCUUUCCACUCAUCAUGGCCUCCAUGAGGGUGAGAUCAAGCCCCUGAGGCCGAAGCGUUGGGUUGACGAAAAUGUCGAUAGAGUUAUAAAAAGCGCGUAAUUCUGAAGGAUCCAUUGACCCCAAAGCAAUUACUUGAGGCCCUAAAUCUCUAUAUCUUUGCAGCCAUGGUCCUGAACCUACAACCACCAAGUAGACAUCUUUGUGUUUUUGCUUGAGUCUGGAAAAAGCCUCAUACAGUAAUGGAUGCCCUUUGUCCUUUACUAGCCUCCCUGCGAUGCCAAGAACUAAACUUGCAUUCUUUGGCACCCCAAUUUUGGACUUAAAAGCAUUACCUAGUUGGAGAUCUUGUUGGUAAUCAUCCUCAUUGACUCCAUUGACAAUAACAUGUACUCGUCUGCUUGGAAUUUGGUAUACAUCCCUUAACAUCUCGCCGCAGCUAUCACUUAUCGCGACAUGAUGAGCAUAAUCGUGAAAGAAUCUGAUCUCAUUUAUGACUUUUGGGAUCAUCCCUUGCAGGCUAUCGUUGAAGGCAGGAGAAAUCGGCUCGUUUGGCUGUCUGGUCAGAUCUUGAUAUAUGCUAGAUUGCACGCUUUCGAGGGCUAUGCCAUGCCACGACACGGCUAGGUUUGAGACACGCCUGGCGACGUGGAAAGGAAGCGCGACGCUUUCUGAGUGAAUCACGUCAAACGGUCUGUUGCGAUCAUUGUUGUUCUCUUCUUCUUCGUAUUGCUCCCAUGCUUUGUUGUAUCGCCAUUUCCCCGGUUCGCCCUCGUGCCAAUGAAUCAAUGGCGCCAAAGGUGGACUAGCUCGCGAUUGUAUACCGACAUUUUGCUUCGGCUCGUCGUUUGGUGGAGAAGUAAAGACAUGAACUUCGUGUCCGCGCUGUGCUAGAGUGGUGUGCAAGGUGUGUGCAUGGCGCUCCAUGCCGCCGGGAACGGAACUCGUAGGCCAUUUUCUAGUAAAAACAGCAAUCUUCAGCGAGACUGGUGGUGGAAUAUCAUUUUCAAACCUUAGACGAUUCCAAGCAAAUUCGGCGAAUCGAAGAUCACCUGACCAUGACUUUUGGGUUGAUAAAUUGGUGCAAAUGGAAUUGGUAGGGGUGUGGAGUAGAAGCAGAGCAGGGAUUGUGAAAACAAUCACAAAGCAAAGAGUUGUGGCUAGGCUAGAUUGAAGGGAGAGGAGAGGUCUUUUAGGCUUGGUUAAAGCCAUGAAGAAGGCUAAUAUGGAAGAUUGGAAUUGAUGGAUUUAGGCAUUAAAACAUAACAAUUUCUUUUGUUGUUGUUGUUGUUGUUUGGAAAGGCCUAUUAAUUUGAGCAUAUUCAAAGCGUUGAAAAGUUGAAAGCUGAAAAGGUAAGCAAAGUGGAAAAAGUUAGGCACGAUUACAAGCAAGUGCAAAAGUGUGCGUUAUUUUUCUGGAAGUUUUCCACUUCUUACGUUUUUCUACACUCACUUUCAGAAGAAAAGUUGCUGUGUAGCGUGUAAACUUCAGUGAGGAACUCCCUUUUUUGAAAUGUCACCAUGUAUGACUAGCAUUAAUUCCUGGAUUUGUGCUCUCUAAUCACAGGUUUUUUGCUUUCAUCUCUACGCUAUUAUUUUUAAGUUUGGU